AGUCACAAAUUCUUCCGCCUCUCAAUCCAAUUAUGUUCGGAUACCACCCGGGAAGAGCAAUGUACAUGAUGGAGGCAGUGGAACCAUCGACAGUGUAGUUUCUACUUUCUAGGGUUUGUUUAUUCUUAGCGGCUUCAUAUAUUUGAUUGGAUGGCGAAUCCACUCUACGGCUACAAUCCUUCGUCCUACGGAGCAGCAACAGCUGCCGCCGCCUCCACAACCUCCGGUCUCUCCGUUUACACGUCCCGUUCUCUUACCGACGCCUACCUCUCCGACCCCACCACGCUCCGCUAUUUAGGGUCGGAUCUCUCCUCCAAGUACUCCCUUUCCGAUCAGCGGCUUCGGACAUCCUCAUCCUCCACUGCAACCGCCUCCAUGUACGAAGCCCUCCGCUACUCCAGCACGCCAAGUGCUGCGGCGCAUUUGGUCUCUCAGGGUUCAUGGCCCUCCGCUGAUGUCGCCGCCGACUCCCUCCUUGCUGGCCUCAAACGCCCCUCUGAAGUGCUCUACCAUCAGACUCUUUUGGGUGCCCAUUCUGCAAUUGGGCAAACUGAAGCUUGGUAUUCUACAAACUCUUUAGCCAAGCGCCCUAGAUUCGACAAUGCAAGCAAUUUGCCUAUAUAUCCACAGAGGCCAGGAGAAAAGGAUUGUGCCCACUAUAUGCUCACAAGAACCUGUAAAUUUGGAGAGAGCUGCAAGUUUGACCAUCCUAUUUGGGUUCCUGAGGGUGGAAUCUCAGAUUGGAAAGAGGUUCCAACUCAUGCUACAAGUGAGUCCCUUCCCGAGAGACCAGGGGAGCCAGAUUGUCCUUACUUUCUGAAAACUCAAAGAUGUAAGUUUGGUUUAAGGUGCAAGUUUAAUCAUCCAAAAGAUCAAUUUGUGACUGUGGGUGCUUCAGAAAAUGACGGCACAGCCUUACCUGAGAGGCCAUCUGAGCCCCUGUGUGCGUUCUACUUGAAGACUGGAAAUUGUAAAUUUGGUGCAACCUGCAAGUUCCAUCACCCGAAAGAUAUUCAGAUACCAUUGACUGGACAACAGAAUGGUAACGGUGAGCAGACUGAAUUAACGAUUAGUACAGAGGGAGCAAUUGGAGAUGCAAAACUUUAUAGUCCUCUUGCAUACACCCCAGCAUCAAUAUGUAACUCCAAGGGACUUCCUGUAAGACUGGGUGAGCUGGAUUGUCCAUUCUAUUUGAAAACUGGCAGUUGCAAGUACGGUGCCACUUGCCGCUACAACCAUCCUGAUCGGAAUGCAAUUAAUCCACCUGCUGCCGUAUUAGGCCAUCCCAUUGUAACCUCCCCAGCAACCCAUCUGAAUAUUGGUGUUGUUAAUCCAGCUGCUUCUAUCUAUCAGACUAUUGAUCCCCGCCUGACUCAGCCAACGGUGGGAGGGGGCCCAAGGAUCUAUCCUCAACGACCUGGGCAAAUUGAAUGUGAUUACUAUAUGAAGACUGGGGAGUGUAAAUUUGGGGAAAACUGCAAGUUUCAUCACCCUAUUGACCGGUCUGGACCACCACAGCAACUCACUGUUAAACUCACUCUUGCAGGACUACCUAGGAGAGAGGGUGCUAUUAUCUGUCCAUAUUAUUUGAAAACGGGCACGUGCAGAUAUGGUGUAAACUGUAAGUUUGACCACCCACCUCCUGGAGAGGUAAUGUUAAUGGCAGCAUCGCAGGGAACUGAUGGUGAGGAUGAAAAAGAGGAUUGGAAAGAGGGUGAAUCGUUUCCAGAUCAGUAGCAGUGAGGUCGCUUGGAAGAAUUUCAGGAGAAGGGCUUCUUACUGGCUUGAUUUGCCUUUGUUCUUCGUAUAUUGCUUGAACUUAAGUCGUCAAAGCCACUUCUAUGACAAUCACUCUUUUGUGUGAUUUGGUUAUGAGGAACCCAAACUACCUUCGUUUAUACUACUUCAAUGUACUUUUCAUCUUAGGCCGUUUGCUAAUGCUACUUCCAUUGUUGUGUUUUA